AUGGACCGAAUGCUCUCUAGCAGCGCCUCUCACGACACAAUGACGGCCCAAAACGCGCUGGAAUCUCCUCUCCUCAGGCUUCCAGCCGAGAUACGGAACCAUAUCUUUGUCUACAUCUUCACAUGUGAAGAGGCGUAUCACUUGAGAUACCACACAGACGUUCGGAAGUCAGCCAUAGGCCAACAUCUUGGAGUCUGCAGCGCAUAUAUCCCACCGUGGCUUGGUCUGAUCCGCGCGUGUGGCCAAUGCAACGCCGAGUCUGCGCUUCUGCCUCACACACUCAACUCGUUUCACAUCGACCAGGGAAACAAGCUAAAACUCCUGAUCCCACAUCUUUGUCAAUUACAGAAUCCGCUCACAAUUCUGCGCCUGGAUAUCAGUAGCAAAGUGGGCUUCAACGAAAGGAUCAAGAUUGUCUUUGCCGACAGCUUGCCGCCAAGUGUUGAGAAGUUGGAAGUGAAAUGCUUCGACUCGAAAGAAUCUACCUAUUUCAUCUCAAAAGAUCCGGAACUCAAUGAGUUGUUGGUCUACCGGCAUCUCAGACGAUGUGUGGAGCACUGGCUUACAGAUAGAGGCAAGGGCAGACAUAGUCGCCAGAAUGCUCUAGGAGCUGGACUGGGUUGCGUCGCAGUGGUAGCUCUUGGCCUAGGAUGGCUCGUCCUGCACCGCAAGAAGAACAGACGAGCCACUGGAGUAAUUUCAAAAGACUUCACAAGCGAAAAUGGUUUGGUGAUGACGGUGGCUCCAGAUAUCGCCGAGAAAGAUGGCACAGAGAGGUUUCACAAGCACAACGGGAAGGAGACAUUCGAAAUGCAUGUCGCCGAAUCACCAUCAAAAUCCACAGGCGACAUGAAUCGCGCUGAACUCGCAGACGACAGAUCAGCCGAGCUUUCUGCUGAUUCGCCCACCGAACUCCCCACAAAUUCUAUAAAUCGUGAUUAA